CUAGUCAAAGGAUCGGUAUGGCCUCAGCAGCGCGCAGUGGUGCAGCGGCGGCGCUAAUGGUGGCCGUCGCCGUGCUGGCCCUGGCCGCCGGCGGCAGCGCCCAGCUGCAGCAGGGGUUCUACAAGGGCAAGUGCAACGGCACCGACGUGGAGGCGGUGGUGCAGGGCAUCGUCAAGUCCUGGUUCGCGCGCGAGCCCCCCGUCAUCGCCUACCUCCUCCGCAUGCAGUUCCACGAGUGCGUCAUCAACGGCUGCGACGGCGGUUUGCUGAUCGACGGCCCCGGCACCGAGAAGACGGCGGCGCCGAACCUGAGCGUGAAGGGCUACGAGGUGAUCGCGGCCAUCAAGGCGGAGCUGGAGCGGCGGUGCCCCGGCGUGGUGUCCUGCUCCGACAUCCAGAUCCUCGCCACCCGGGACGCCGUCGCGCUGGGCGGCGGGGCGGCGUACUCCGUGCGCACGGGGCGGAGGGACCGGCGUCGGUCGCUGGCGUCCGACGUGAAGCUCCCGUCGCCCGACUACACGGCGGCGCAGACGACGGUGUACUACGGGCGGCUGGGCCUGAGCACGUUCGACACGGUGCUGCUGCUGGGCGCGCACACCGUGGGCGCCACCCGCUGCGCCGCGAUCAAGAGCAGCCGGCUGUACGCGUACGGCGGCCGGCCCGGCGCAACGGACCCCGGCCUGGACCCGGCCUACGCGUUCAUGUACAAGACGUACGUGUGCCCCAACGUGCCGUCGUCGGACAACAACGUCGUGUUCCUGGACGACCAGUGGAGCGCGCUCAAGGUGGACAACCACUACUACAGGAACCUCCAGCUCCGCCGUGGCGUGCUCCCCUGCGACCAGAACCUGUACAACGACGGCUCCACGCGCUGGAUCGUGGACCUGCUCGCCAACAACGCCGGCCUCUUCACCUCGCUCUUCCCGCAGGCGCUCGUCAAGCUCAGCGAGGUCAACGUGCUCACCGGCACCCAGGGGGAGAUCCGCAAGGUCUGCAACAGGUUCAACUGAUCGAUCGAUCCGCCAUUCUUCAGCGCGUUCCUCUUCAUCAUUCUUGUUUGGUUUCCUCUUCCUACCUGGUUUAGCUGAUCGUCUCAAGCUGCGACAUUUUCCUUUCCACAUUUGCUUGAUCAUAAGGAGUUCAUUUGUUCGCGAAGUUUGUUUGAUUCAUUCUUCUUUUAAUUUGUAAUACAUGUCGAUUUGUAAUUGUAAUAACAUACACAGCGGAUUAAUGUGCC